CGAAACUCGGCAAACAUGUCUGGUCGUGGUAAAGGGGGAAAAGGUCUUGAAAAAAGAGUCGCCAAGCGUUAUCGUAGAGUUCUUUGUGAAAGGUAUAACCAAGGUAUCACCAAGCCUGCUAUCCGUCGUCUUGCACGUCGUGGUGGUGUGAAGCGUAUCUCUUGUUAUAUCUACGAAGAAAUCCGUGGUGUGUUGAAGGUUUUCUUGGAUAAUGUCCUCCGUGAUGCCGUCAACUACACCAAGCACGCUAAGAGAAAGACAGUCACCGCCAUUGAUGUUGUCUAUGCCCUAAAACGCCAGGGCCGUACUCUGUACGGUUUUGGUGGUUAG